CUCUAAGGCUUUUCAGGGAAGAACCGGGAGAGCCUUCCUCUUCUCCCACGCAAUGAACAUCGUCUUAGGCGCUAAAGAAGACCGGAAUCUUCUAACAGGUCUCCACACCGUGGCUGACAUAUCUUGUGCUGACUGCAACGAACCGUUGGGUUGGAAGUACGAGAGAGCCUACGAGGCCUCGCAAAAGUACAAGGAAGGCAAGUUCAUUUUCGAAAAAGCUAAGAUUGUCAAGGAGGAGGAUUGGUAGUGAAAGAAUUCAUUAUUGGAUUUGACUCAAAAACUGUACAUAGAUAAAUCAUCAUCAUCCAUUUUUCAGUUCAUUGUGUCUCUGCUUGUUGUUAAUCAUGUCAGUCUCUUGUGUUUAAAUAAAUGAAUAUCUGACAUGUUAAUAUUAAAUCAUAUGCUCUAUAUACGGUCUACGUAGGGUGGUAAUUUGUAAAUAGUAAACACUAUGCUUCUUCCAGAUGUCAUUAAGGUUAUUUUAUUUUAAUUUAAUGAAGCCUAGAUUUUGACGGAAAGUACACUUCUUGUCAUUACUCACUGUGUAUAACAACGUCGUACAUCUACUAACUCUCUCUCGAAGAAGAAGAAGAUGAGUGACGAAGAAGCUUCCUCUAAGAAGAAGGAGAGUUUGGGAUGGAUGAAGUGAAUGAGAGGAUGGAGCAGCGUUUUCGGGGAGAUUCUCUUCCAGAGGAUCACCGCCUCUCAUUUGCUCAACCCUCUCCCUCUCCCUCCCCUCAACGACGUCACUUGCGUUGUCACUGGCUCCACCAGCGACAUUGGCCGUGAAACCGCUAGGCAGCUUGCGGAGGCUGGUGCACAUGUUGUGAUGGCCGUGAGAAACACGAAGGCAGCUCAGGAGCUGAUACAUCAAUGGCAGAACGAGUGGUCUGGCAAAGGUCUCCCUCUUAAUAUCGAGGCAAUGGAACUUGAUCUUAUUUCACUGGAUUCGGUUGCGAGAUUCGCUGAUGCUUGGAACGCUCGUUUGGGACCUUUGCAUGUUCUGAUUAACAAUGCUGGCAUAUUUGCUAUGGGAGAGGAGCAAAAGUCCUCAGAGGAUGGAUACGAGCAGCACAUGCAAGUAAACCAUUUAGCUCCAGCUCUUCUUUCAGUGCUCCUUUUACCGUCUCUAAUCCGAGGUUCUCCUAGCCGAAUCAUCAAUGUGAAUUCCGUGAUGCAUAGUGUUGGUUUUGUUGAUCCGGAUGACAUGAAUGUUGUUUCUGGUCGCCGCAAGUACUCGAGCGUUAUAGGAUACUCGAGCAGCAAGCUAGCCCAGAUUAUGUUUAGUAGCAUUCUUUUCAAAAAGCUGCCUCUGGAAACAGGAGUUAGCGUCAUAUGUCUAUCCCCUGGUGUUGUCCUAACAAAUGUUGCGAGGGAUCUACCCAGGAUUCUUCAAGCUCUUUAUGCCGUGAUACCUUAUUUCAUAUUUUCACCUCAAGAAGGUUGUAGAAGUUCUCUCUUCUCAGCCACAGACCCUCAGAUUCCAGAGUACUGGGAGACACUAAAAAGCGAUGAUUGGCCUGUUUGCCCAUUCAUCUCCCAAGAUUGCCGACCUACAAAUCCUUCCGAAGAAGCACACAACACAGAAACUGCACAUAGAGUGUGGGAAAAGACACUAGAGCUGGUGGGCCUUCCUCUCGAUGCAGUUGAGAAGCUCAUAGAAGGGAAAAUAUCCAAUGCCGAUAUGGAUCUCAGCAAUAAUAGUCGUCCAAAAAAAACAACAAAAAGGUCCACAUGUUCCCCUUACAGAUCAAAGGUUUUGUUGCUGAAUUUUUUAAUCUACUGUACACUGGGGACUGAAUCCCCCAGGCAUAUCACAUGUGAUUUGCUCAGGAAAAGGACAAGAAUGGGUGUGAGAAUGAAUGUUUGAUUGUUGGUUAAAAAGCACGCUUUAGCUGCCAUUCCAUGGCUUA